AUGACGUAAGAGGUCAGCGACCAAUCGCUACGCAGAGCGCCAAGUUUCUCUCACAGUGUCACAAACAUGGCGGAGAAGGAGACAGAAAUUGGAUUCAAAAAGGAAACAGUGAGCAAACUCUUGUCAGGUUUCUUCAAGGAGGACAAAACCAGACUAAGUGGCGAUGCUGUGCUACUCAUGGCAGAGAUGCUUAAAGUAUUUGUCCAAGAGGCGGCUGUGAGAUCACAGAAACAAGCUGAGGCUGAAGACUGCGAUCAAGUAGAGAUAGAGCACUUUGAAAAGAUCCUCCCUCAGCUGCUGCUGGACUUCUAGCAUGGCAAAGCCACAAGAUGGAGCCAGAGUGUUGCCUGUGUGUUCCUGCUUGAAUCCUCCAACUUCAAUUCUGCUUAUUUUUUCUGUGUAUCUGUAAUUUCACAACCACUCAAAUAGAGAGAUUACAUUAAGAG